AGUGAUUGUCGUUAAAAAAAAGGCACAGCAAAAAAGGAGGCACUUUUUAACCUACUAGGCGUACUGGACCGAGCGGAAGCACCCGAAGAGCAUCCUGGGAGCCGGAAGGAUUCGGAAAUUCCUGUAGCGGACCGGAGAGCCGGGGCCUGCGCGUGGUAGGCGAGCCACCGGGCGUGUUGCUGAAGCGUGUGGUGCGUGCGCCAGAUCAAAGGUGGCCGAAACUCUGGUGUCUGUGUAGUACCUGGUACCGCGUGUGAGACAUGGUUGGGAGAUCCCGGCGGCGCGCAGCGGCCAAGUGGGCAACUGUGAGAGCCAAUUCAGGGCGCACUCUGGAGAACGAAAAUGAAGACUCCGAAUUGCCACCCUCACCUAGCGACUCCAGCUACUAUCAAGAUCAGGUAGAUGAUUUCCAUGAGGCACGAUCCCGGGCCGCCUUGACUAAGGGCUGGAACGAAGUAGACAGCGGGAACGAGGAGGAGGAUGGUGAUGAGGAGGAGGAGGUGCUCGGCUUAGAUGUUGAUGAUGAGGACGAGGAGGAUGGCAGUGAUGAUGCUGAUGGUGGGAGCUCCGUACAGAGCGAGACCGAGGCCUCUGUGGAUCCCAGUUUGUCGUGGGGUCUGAGGAAAAAACUUUACUAUGACACGGACUAUGCUCCUAAGUCCCGAGGCCGGCAGAGCCAACAAGAGUUAGAGGAGGAAGAAAGGGAGGAGGAGGAGGAGGCACAGCUCAUCCAGCGGCGCCUAACUCAAGCCCUUCAAGAGGAUGAUUUUGGAGUCACCUGGGUGGAGGCUUUUGCAAAACCGGUGCCCCAGGGAGAUGAGGUCGAGACAAGGGUCGUGAAGGAUUUGACGAAAGUUUCAGUGAAAGAGAAGCUGAAGAUGCUGCGGAAGGAAUCACCAGAGCUCUUGGAGUUGAUAGAAGACUUAAAAGUCAGGUUGACGGAAGUGAAGGAUGAGCUGGAGCCAUUGUUAAAGUUGGUGGAGCAAGGACUCAUUCCACCCGGCAAAGGAACCCAAUACCUGAAGACCAAGUACAACCUCUACUUGAACUACUGUUCCAAUAUUAGUUUUUAUUUGAUCCUGAAAGCUAGGAGAGUCCUUGCACAUGGACAUCCUGUCAUAGAAAGGCUUGUUACUUACAGAAAUUUGAUCAACGAGCUCUCAGUUGUGGAUCAGAGGCUGUCCUCUGAAAUUCGCCAUCUACUCACACUUAAGGGUAAUACUGGAAAGAAAGAACUUAAUCUAAAAGUAAAAUCCACCAAAGCCAAGCCAAAGUCUGUUUCAGAGACUUCUGCUGCCUCUGAUGUUUUGGACUUUUCUGAUGAUUCCAAUUUUGAUAAAGAAGCUGCACUGAAAUACUAUAAAGAAAUAGAAGGCAGGCAGAAGUUGAAGAGAAAGAGAGAAGAAAGCACUGAAGAACAGGCUCUUGAAGAUAAAAAUGCAAAGAGAGCCAUUACCUAUCAGAUUGCUAAAAAUAGAGGACUUACACCUAGGAGAAAGAAGAUUGAUCGCAAUCCCAGAGUGAAACACCGGGAGAAGUUCAGAAGAGCCAAAAUUCGCAGAAGAGGCCAGGUUCGUGAAGUUCGUAGAGAAGAGCAGCGUUAUAGUGGUGAAUUAUCUGGCAUCCGUGCAGGAGUUAAAAAGAGCAUUAAACUGAAAUAAAUUUUUUUGCUUAGCUUAAACUUUUUGGCAAUAGUAUUAAAUCAAUAAAUUUUUUUUUAAACUAGUCAAGUGCUUGUAUUGAUGUAUAUUACCUAACAAAUUUUAAAACCCAACUCACUUGGGUUGUUGCUCAAUUUAUUUGUCCUUAUAUUAAGGUCAUGCUAAGAACUGUGGGAGCAGCAUGAAGGUACUUGGCGAAAGAGAUGGUUUUGAAAAAUUCUCUAAUACACUACCAAUUAUUAGCCUAGAAAAAUUUCACAUCUGGUUGUGGAGUGGUAACCAAACUUAUAACACUUUUAUAACUUCUCACAUAAAGUGAAGAGAAUGCACCUUUGGCAAUCAUGUUAUUUGUUAUUUGUAAGCUAGCCUAUAAUGUAAUUGUGAUUUAUUUCACUUACAUAAACAAUCCUUGGGUAGGAUACUUGUUAAUAAAUGGGUAAAAUAUACUAUGGAUUUCUUUUAUAUUCUGUGGUAAAAGCUUAAAAAUGAAGAGGAACUUUGGUUAAAAGUGGGAAAAGGAAGAAAUAUACCUAAAUUAUUUUUGAAUAUUUUCUAACAGUCCAUAAUGUAGUACAUACGGUAAAACUUCCAUGUUCCCCUCUAUACUGGUGACUUGUAAUAGAUCGUUUGUACACAUACUCCAUUUGCAGAACUUUGGUAUGAUUGCUACUAGGUAAGUGGCUGCUUCGAGUGGUGACAAAGUUACAUUUUUCCUUACAGUUUUUCUGGUAUUUAAUAGGGGGAGGAUGUUGAGAUGGUGAACUUAAAAAUACUUAGGAUGACUAGUAUGCCAGGGAAGAAAAUGAGAGGCCCAGGUGAAGGAGAACACAAAAGAAGUCUUACUUUUUAAUAAUUAAAUAAGCAGAAAUGCCACCUUUGGAGGUGCAGAGAUGAUCUAUGGUUAAUAUUAAACACUUUGCAGGUACUAGUUGUGUAUUACCUUAUUUAAUGUUUAAAAUAACUGAAGCGAUAAACUUCUGUUUCACAGAUGAGGAUGCUGAAGCUCAGAGAGGUUAAGGACACAUGCUUGGAAUUUGUAUCCAGGCUGGCUUAAUUUGAGCAUUCAUUCUCUUAAACCCUGGGCCUCAGCUGCUUUCUCAGCGUGGCACACAUGCCAAAUUAUCUAUUGUUUUCUUAUAAGUAAAAGAUGUGGGUGGAAAUAAAAGUAACAUUUAUGAGUGCUUACUAAAAAAAAAAAAAAAUAAGCACUAUAUUUUUACUUAUUUCUUCAUUCCUCACAACAACCCUAUGUGGUAAAUUCUACCGUCGAACACAUUUCAAAGAUGAGGAAACUGGCAAAGGGAAGUUAAGUAACUUUCCCAGGGUCACGUGGCUGUUAAGUGGCAGAGCCAGGAUUCCAACCCAGCCUUUCUGACUUCAGAGCUCUAUUCUGUACUUCCUCUUCUGACACAGUAGAAAAAGUGCAGAUUUUGGAGUUAACUUGCCAGGACAAUUUUGAAUUAAUUACUUAAGCUGUGAGUUUAAUAUUCUUCAUCUGUAUGAUGUUAUGUCUACUUUGGAGACGCAAUAUAGUAGUGCUUAAGAACGUACUCUAGUUAAGAUUACCUGAGCUCCUAACCCACCUCCAUCACUUAGUAGCCAUGACUUUGGGCAAGUUACUUGAUUUCUCUAUUCCUCAGUUUUCUCACCUAAAAUGGGUAAUAGUCCCUACUUCAUGUGGUUAUGAGGAUUAAGUGAAUAUAUUGAAAGCGCUUAGAAUAGUGUCUGUUAUAAUCACCUAUUACGUUUGGCUGCUACUACAGAGUUGCGGGGAUCAAGAUCUGUUCACACAUCAACAUCUGGCACAUAGGUGCUCAAGGAACUGCAGCUAACAUUAAUGUAAUGGUUCCUGUUCUUUAUAGGAACAGAGAACAAAGUGAAGUCAUGUAAAAUUAAUAUCCUAAGCUUGGAGGGAAAAAUACGAGAGCAUUGGGUGAGGACAUGAAGAAAUAUAGAAAAGCUGGGACAGGACAAAAAAGGAAGUUGAAGGCUGUGUUAUUCUGUGUUAAAUCCCUGCCAUAUAUAUAAAGUGAUGGAAAAGAAAAAAAAGUUUUAAAGGAAGAAAAAUCCUCCAUUUAGGAAAGUAGAAAAAAUAAGCCUGUUUUUAUAUUCUUUCAGAGACCUCAUGAUAACUAUAAAUGUUAACCAUCCUGGAAUAGCAAGGAUAUAUAUGAUACUAUCCGAUUCCUUAAAAAUAAAAGAUGCCUUGUCUGAUGUGAGUUAACAGCAAAAGAUGUAACAAGUUGCUGGGUUUAAUAUUUACAUCCUCCAAAAUUUGUAUUCAUUUAACAGACAUUUAAAGAGCACCGAGAUGUACUGGGUACUGUGAUAUGCAUGAAUAAUAAAUUGGUAAUCACUCAGUAUGAUAAUAUCUCAUAGAGACUCACUUUAUGAGCUCUGGGGAGCUUCAUGGAUAAGAGUUCCGAUGAAGUAGAUUACUGGCAUCAGGCAUCAAUGCAAAACAAAAACCUGUUCAUUUUAUGACAGUAUAUUAAGCUACAGACAGCUAUGGAAAAGACUAAAAAUUAAAGUAGAAAAAAAUGUGGUGAUGGAGUGACUUUGCUGCACCUAACUGACUUUCUCUAAGCCACAGAUUGUUGUCUAUAAAUUGAAGUUAAGUAAAAUAAACACAUACAUCACUAAUUUUUUAAGUAAGAUUGCUUAUCAGACCUCUAAAACUAAUGCUUUGAGUUUUUGGCAAACACUGGGAAAUUAUUUUUUGUGACCUUAAGGAUAAAAAUUGGGUAACUUUAAUUGUAUUUGCAUAGCUGAUACACUGAAAAUACUUGACAUUUGAAAGAAAUGGUUGGAGUUGCUUAUUUUCCUUGCUGACUAUGAAGUAAAAUACUUUUAAAUUAAUGUGCUGAAGUAAUACAAGUUAACACUAUCAAAAUAAUUCAGCUGUGAAUUACUGUAGAAAAUCAAUGUAAUUAUGAUCUCAGGGAUCACAAUGAUGAACAUAUUUCUUUGAAUAGUAGAUGAUCCAAAGAUCAGGUAGGAUUCAACUAGACAUUCAAACUGACAAAACGCUGCUAUAGGCAAGUAAAUCAAAUAAAUAAUCUUUUUUAUUAUUUGAAUAUUCAUUCUCUUAAAAAUGCUUAUAUUUUGCCUUUGAAAUUUUAAAAAUCAGAAACACUGUAAAAAAUUUAGCCUCACCCAAAUUAACAAAUAGUAACAUUUUGUGAAUUUUGCUGCAAACGUAAGUAAAAUAUUACAAAUAAAUUCAAAAUUCUUUUUGUUGACUUCUCCAGUAUCUUUCCCCUCCCUGGAGAUAGAUGGCUAUCAUGAAUUAUGAUGUAUCAUUCCAGUCAAUGUUUUUGUACUUUACUACAUACAUAUGUAAAAAAAUAAAUAAUACCCAGUCAAAAUUAGCAAGGGACUUGAAUAGACAUUUCACCAAAAAGGACAUUCAGAUGGCCACCAAACACAUGAAAAGAUCAGUGUUGUUAGCCAUCAGGGAAAUGCAAAUCAAAACCACAAUGAGAUACCAUUUCACUCCCGCUACGGUGACUAAGAUUUAAAAAAAUAACAAAUGUUGGCGAAGAUAUAGGGAAAUUGGAACACUUACCCAUUGCUAGUGGGAAUACAAAAUGAUACAGCUGUUGUGGAAAACAGUUCAAUGGUUCCUAAAAAAAUUAAAGAUAGUACCACCAUAUAACCUAGCAAUUCCAAUCCUAGGUACUUACCCAAAAAAGGAAAGCAGAGACUCAGAGACUUGUACACCAAUGUUUGUUGCAGCAGUAUUCACAAAAGCCAAAAGGUGGAAACAAACAGCCUCAGUGCUCAUCAACAGAUGAAUGGAUAAGAUGUGGUACAUACAUACAAUGGAAUACUAUUAAGCUGGUAGGAGAAAUGAAGUCUUGACACAUGCUACAAUAUGGAUGGAGCUGAACAACAUUAUGCUGAGUGAAAUAAGUCAAUCACAAAAGGACAAAUACUACAUGACCUCACUUAUAUAAAAAGACAAGAAAAGGCAAAUGUAUAGAGAACAAAGUUUAUUAGUGGUUACCAGGGGCAGGAGGGAGGGAAUGGGGGGGGGUUUAAUAGUGAUGGAAAUACUGCAUUGAUUAAGGUGGGGUUGCACAGCUGAUUACUGUAAUUGCUGUUAAUAAGUUGUACACCUGUAAAAAGUUGAAUUGGCAAAAGUUAUGUGAUAUAUUUACAACAACAACAAAAAGAGUAGCUGCUGAGGCUGUUUAUGUACAACCAAAAACCUCAUGGGAUUUGGUUUCUUGGUUUGAGGGUUUAGAGUCAUGGUUUCGUGGAACAUCCCAGUUAAUUGGCCAAAUAACAUUUAGUGCUUUUGUUCUACCUCCUAGUUCAUUUAGUAGUGCCUGGGGUCUUAAAAGCUUGCAAGUGGCCAUUCACGGCACAACAGUUGGUCUGGAUUCACCUGGAACAACAGAGGAAGAAGGGGAGUCAGGAAUAGGAGGAAGAUGUGGAAUGUGUGGCUAAUUACCUCCAUGAACAACUGUCUCCUUUGCCAUGAGACCUGAACUGUAUGGUGCCUGGCUACCAUUACUGAAUAUUUUGAUCAAAGAUUCUAUUGAAGAAUCCUGAUCAAAAGGGAGAAAAUGUAGAAUAGAAUCUCAAAUUCUCAUGGACUGCAGACUUCCUGGAGCCAUGAAGAUUGGAUGAACCCCUGAAACUACUGCCCUGAGAUAAUCUCUAAACCUUAAGCCAAAAAUAUCCCUUGAAGUCUUCCUAAAACCAAACAAUAAUUUAGCUUAACUAAUAAAAAAUGUCUGUGUUGAGCAUUAUGCUCUUUUUAGAUCUAUACAGGAUCAAAUUAACAAUGCAACUAGAAAGAUUAGAUAGGAACCUUAGGGGGCAGUGAAUUUACAUUAAUGGGGGAGAAACAACUCAGAAAAGGAGGGUGAGGAUGGUUGCACAACUCAAAGAAUGUAAUCAAUGUCACUGAACUGUACAUGCAGAAACUGUUGAAUUGGUGUAUGUUUGACUAUAUCUCCUCAACAACAAAAAACGUUUUUACGUAAAAAAAAAAAAAGGAAAAUAAUAGUUUUUGUAUUUUAUCAACUUUUGUCUAUAAAAUCAAGUUAUAUUCUGAAGGUUUACUUGAAUAAAAACACAUUUUUGUGAUUGUUCCAUAUUGGUAAAGGUCUAAUUCAUUCAGUUUAGCUGCCAUACUGUGGUCUAUGAUAUAACUAUACCAAUAAUUUAUCCACUUUCCUAUUGGUGAACAGUUGGGUUGUUUCCCUUUUUACUUUUACAAGCAUUACUUCAAUGAACUGUUCUUUGACCAUAUUGUUACGCACAUGUACUAGAGUUUCUAUAGAAAAAAAAAUUUUUUUAAGUAGAAUUUCUGAGUUCCUGGUCUAUGCAUAGUUUCAUUUUUACUAAAUGUCAAAUUGCUCCCAUUGAUGUUCUCAGACUUCAUUUUAUAAAAUACGACAGGUAUGAAAUUGUAUCUUAUUUUAAUUCAAAGUUCCCCAAUUACUUCAUGAGAUUGAGCAUCUUUUCUUAUUUUUAUUGACUCUUGGAUUUCCUUAGCCCAAUUCUUUAAAGAGUUGAUUGCCUUUUUCUUAUUGUCUGAUUUUUUGUUUAAUCAAGUUACUAAUGCUUUGCUAUGCAAGUUUUUUACCUUUGUGUAAAAUGUAUUUUCUCAUAUCAAAGUUUUAAAAUGUGAUGUAGUUACUUUAGCUAUGAAUUCCAGAUGAUGUUUUCUUAAUUUUUUCAGCUAUGUAUUCUUGAAUGGGGGGGGGGGGGAGCCUUUAUACGUGCUUCAAAAUGAGGCUCCAAAUGAUAUUAAAUAUUAAGAAUUAACAUUUGUUAAACUAUAAAACAAAAAAACUGGAGGAAAGUAAAAUUUAAACUAGUAAAAUGUUCUGCCUUGAGAGGCAAUAUAAAGUAAUAAUUAGGAUCUUGGCCUCUGGAGCCAAACUGAGUUAAAAUCCCAAUUCCACCACUUACCUAGCACCUUUGUUGUACUUACUUAACCUCUCUGUGCCCCCAAUUUCCUCAUGUGGGCUAAUAUAUGAUUGUUAAUCCAUAUACAGUGAAACCUGUGAGAGCUGGAACUUGCAGGGACUGCCUUGUUUUUCUGGGUCUAGCAAGUUUUCCGUCCUUGACAGGCUGCAGUCUUACCACUUUUCUGUCACUAAUGUGGAAAAUAUUUGAGUUUUCCUUCUCUCACAUGUUUCCACCUUACACAGGUUCUGGCUCUCCCAGGUUUUCCUGUAUAUUUAGAACAGUGCCUGUCAGGUAGUAAGUACUUAAUAAAUGUUAGUUACUUUUCAUCAAUUUUUGUAAAAAGCUAGUUUCCACCACUUGAAGAAUGACUUCAUUUUCUCCAUGUUUCUAUCGCAAUAGUUUAAACUAGAGUGCCUAAGGAUUAGUUGGUAAAUUUAAGAGGCAUAUUCCUGUGUCCAACAUCCAAAGAUCCUGAUUCAGCUGGCUGGUGUGGGGCCAGAGAUCUGUAUUUUUAACAGGCACCCCAGAUAAUUCUGAUCCAGAUGGUCUACAGAACACACUUUGGGAAACACUCCCCUGGCCACGCUGAUUUUUAGGUUUCUCUUAGCUGAUAACAUACACGUGUGAAUGAAGUUAAUUACAAAAAUGAAAUAUGGUACCAUAAGACUACAAAACCUCGAGAGUUCGUUCUUAACCUUCUUUUGGGCCAAUUAAUCUUAUGAGAUCUGUUGAAAGCAAUGGACUCUCCCCCCAGAACAAUAACAGCCUGUGUAUAACAUCUUACAUACCACUUCAGUGGGUUCCUGGGCUCCCUGAAGUCAGAAGUCCAUGGGCGUUAAGAAACCCUACCCUAGGGGAUGUUCCUUUUACCCUUAAGAAUGGCCAUACAUGGCUGGUGUUAAUCUAUAAAUUAGAUUAUUUUACCAUGGGCAGGGGAGGGGAUGAUUAUUUAAAUAACUAAAUGACUGAUUAGAGCUGAAGAAUUUUAUUAGCAUAGUUUUUACAUUUAUUGAAUAAACUUUUUAGACAUAGAUUUUUACAUGGUGCUAAAUUUUUUUUAAAACAUACAUACAGCUGAGUGCCUUUGGGCCAAGGCUUACUGGCAGAGUGGGGUGCCUCUGGGCACUUAUCGGUGGAGCUGAAGAACUUUGUAACAUUUGCCUGAGCAGGGCAGAGGCUGGGCUGGGCCCUCACUGAGAGAGAGAGACCUGCCUGUGGGCAUGACUGAGAGCUGUCCUGUCCGCAGAACUGUAUCCUGAGUCGUUUCUGAUCCUGAACCGUAACCUGUUAUGCCAAGGCACAUGGAUAUGUCCAAGGAACACUGGGCCCACAGAUGCUGAAAGGAGACAAGGACCUUCCCUCAGAGCCAAAAGAGAGAGAAAGCCUUCUACUAGAGCUGGUGCCCUGAAUUCAGACUUCUAGUCGCCUAAAUUGUGAGAGAAUAGAUUUGUUUAUUAAAGCUAUCCACUUAUGGUAUUUCUGUAAUAGCAGCACUAGAUAACUAAGACAGAAUUGAUGCAUUGUAAAAAGGAGAAGCCUAAAGAUGUCAACUCUGGGAAUAAAAUCAGGAAAUGUAAGCCUUCAUUAUUAAUUUAUUUAACAAACAUUUAUUAAGCAUCUAAAAUGGGCUAUUCAGUAGGAAGGUAAAAAUUAUUAAAAUAUAUUCCUUAGCCUUUGCCAUGGAUUGAAUUAUGUCCCCCCAAAAAUGUGUGUAUAAACUUGGUUAGGCCAUGAUUCCCAGUAUUCUGUGGUUGUCCUCCAUUUUGUUGACUGUAAUUUUAUAUUAAAAAGGAUUAGGGUGGGAUUGUAACAAGAGCCUUGCUCAGGUCACCUCCCUGAUCCAAUAUAAAGGGAGUUUUCCUUGGGAUGGGGCCUGUACCACCUUUUAUCCUUCAAGAGAUAAAAGGAAAUGGAAGCAGAAAGUUGGGGACUUCAUAUCACCAAGAAAGCAGCACCAGGAGCAGAGCACAUCCUUUGGAUAUGGGGUCUCGGCACCAGAGGAAGAUUGAGGACAAGGACCUUCCUGCAGAGCUGACAGAAAGAGAAAGCCUUUCCCUGGAGCCGAUGCCCUGAAUUUGGACUUGUAACCUACUAGACUGUGAGAAAAUAAAUUUCUUUUUGUUAAAGUCAUCCACUUGCGGUAUUUCUGUUAUAGCAGCACUAGAUGACUAGCACACCCCUGAAGUAGAGGAGAUAGACAUAUAGCAAUUAGAAUGAUUACUGUUUAAAUAGUUAGGAUGAUGUAGGACCUCUGAAAGACAUGUAGUUCUCAAGUAGGGAGGGUCCCUGAGAGGCGAAAGCAGUUUGCAAUUGGCUGCUAGCCUUAAAGGUUGGUGGUUCGAACCACUUUAGUAAAGAUUACACUCUAUGGAGCAGUUCUACUCUGUAACACAUGGGGUCGCCAUGAGUUGGAAUCCACUCAACUGCAACAGGUGUGCCUUUUUUCUUUCUAGUAGGGAGGUCAGAGAAGGUCUCAUGGAAGAUCUGUUUGAAUAGAAUCUUGGGAGGAAGGGGUGGAGGUAGAAAGCUGAGAAAAGCCAAACAUAUUGAAGUUUAUCCAAAGGCAACAAGAUUUUAGUAGAAGUAUGUACAGGGUGUCGGUAGGGGUAAGGCAUGGUAACCUAAACCUAGUGCCGUCGAGUCGGAACUGGUGGAAUCGAACCACCAACCUUUCAGUUAGUAGCCAAGCAUUUAACCACUGUACUGCCCUACCUUUCAUUAUUAUCUUUCUACCAUGCCUUCUCAUGAGUGAAAGAUGAUAAUGGAAGGUAGCGCAGUACAGUGGUUAAAUGCUUGGCUACUAACUGAAAGGUUGGUGGUUUGAUCCCACCAGCUGCUCCCCAGGAGAAAGAUGUGGCAAUCUGUUUCCAUAAAAAUUACAGGCUUGGAGACCCUACGGGGCAGUUCUAUACAGGCAGUCUGUCAUAUGGGGCAGUAUGAGUCAGAAUUGACUAGGUGGCUACACAACAGAGGGAAGGGUUAGAUCAUGAAAGAACUCACUGGGUAGUUAAGGAGCUUAGAUUUUAUCUCAGAUACGGAGAAGCCAACCAAGGUUUUUAAGAACAGUAUGACAUAAUAAGCUUAACAUUUCAAAACGUAAACUACCCAUUCUAACUGCUGUAUAGCAAUAGAACUGGAAUGGAUUAAAACUAGAGGCAGAGAAACCAGCUAGGAGUCCUUUGCAAUAAAAUAGUGAAGAUUUAAAUGAAAGCAAAGAGGACAAAUUAAGUGACAGAUUUGAGAGAAAUGUAAGAAGCACAGUACAAGAAUUUCAGGAAAAGAGCAAGUGAAUUGGGACAAACUGAGUAGUCACAGAAGUUAAGCAUUUAAGAUAGUAAACAUUCUACAUAGACACAAAAAUGAGAAGCUCGUCUAGAGUUAAAAAAAAAAAAAGUUGUGGUUGAGGAGAUUCUAACUCAUGGUGAACCCAUAUGUUACAGAAUAGAACAGACCUCCACAGGGUUUUCUUGAGCAACCUUUUACGGAAGCAGACUGCCAGGACUUUCUUCCACGGCACCACUGGGUAGGUUCAAAUCACCAACCUUUAGGUUAGCAGUUGUGCCCAAACCAUUUAUGCCACUCACUUGAAUUCUACUUCCCACAGUAUACCCAAGGAACACAACUUUGCUAAUAGUAGAUCUUCAUAAAAAAGAUAUCAUUAUCAAAAUAACCCCCCAAUGUUUUAUUUUCUUUUAUAAAAGUAGCACAUAUGUUAUAGACUCUCUGCAAAUACAGAUGAAAAAAUACGUCCAUAUUUCUGCAACUCAAAGAAAACUGCCAUUAAUAGUGUGAUUUAGACUAUAUGUAGUGCUUAAAUUUCUUAAGAGUAUAAUACACACGGAGAGGAAAUAUAAGUUGACUAAGUAUUUUGGUAAUUAACGUUUUGGAAAAAUAAACCAAAAAGCCAAUAACAAUAGUCAUCAAAGCCUAGUAGUAAUUCAGAAGUAAGGAACAGUAGACUCUUAAUCGAGCUUUCAUAAUGAAGCAUUAUACUAAUUAAAUAUUUGCAUUUAUUAAAAUCAGUUUAACGUGAAGUCUUAAGAAAUUGAGUGGCUUCUUGUUUUCACAUAAGACUUUUUUCCAUGAACAGCACAGUGUAAAAGAAAGGGUUCAAGAAAACCAUUACUUUAGAAUCAUAAUGAACACACAUAUUAUAUUGAAAAGAAUAUCCACCCUUCCCAAGUGGUAUUUUUCUAUGAUCACAGCCCUAAGAGCUUAUGCUACAAGUACACUAUCAUACAUGACACUGACCUCUAAAAAGUUCUGUAAUAUAUUCUAAGUAUCCAUCUUUAAGCUUACUAAAGUGUUUUGAAACAAGCAGGGAUAACUAAAAUGAAAAUGUAGAUGAAACAGCCUACAUGACCCCAAGACCAGAAUAACUAGAUGGUGCCCAGCUACCACUACUACCUCUCUGACUGGGAUCACAACAGAGGGUCCCAGACAGAGUGGGAGAAAAAUGUAGAACAAAUUCACAAAAAAGACCAGACUUACUGACCUGAUAUAGAGACUGGAGGAACUCCUUAAGACACCCUUCUGACCUGGAAUUAAAGCCAUUUCCAGGGACCAUCUUCCAGCCAAAUAGACAAGCCCAUAAAAUAAACAAUAACAUCUGAGAGGAACGUGAUCCUUAGAACAACCCAUUAUACAAGAUAAAAAGGGCAAUAUUUGCCCAGAAGCAAAGAUAGGAAGGCAGGCAAAAAGGGGUAGAAAAUCAGGACUAAAGGCAAUGGGGAACCCAGGGCAUAAAUAGGGAGAGUGCUAAUACAUUGUAAGGGGAUGAAACCAAGGCCAUGCGAUAUUUUCCAAACAAACUAUUGAACAGGAAUCUAAUUUGCUCUGUAAACUUUCACCUAAAGCACAAUAAUAAAAAAAAAAAAAACUAGAUAAGAGUUAAAAAGUAUCUGUUUUA